AUGAACGCCGACAAAAGAAUGACAAUCAAGUUGAACAACCAUUUAGUUGAAAAUCAAUCAGGAAAAAAUGUGCGUCAAAUUGUCAACAAUGUUGCUUUUUUUCUCCGGGAUGUUCGAUUUACAAUGGAAAUGUUCAAUGAACUUGAAGCUCUUAGAAAAUUCAAUGAACGAACGAUAAGCGACAUGAACACUAAACGCACGAAUUGCCUCUUGAUCGAGUUAGAUAAACGAUCAAAACAGUUGCAUAAUGUGUCGACAUUUAGUUACUGA